GCCGCGGGGUAGGGGAAGGCGGGAGGGGCAGCCGCGGAAGGAGGCGGCCGGGGGACGAUGACCAAGUACUGCCGGGCGACCAACUGCUCCAACUCGGCGGGGCAGCCCCGGCCGGACAACCAGCGCCUCAGUUUUUACAAGUUCCCUUUGCACAACCCCGAGCGGCUCCAGCAAUGGCUCUCGCAGCUCAACCAAGAGAAGUGGCUCCCGACGAAACACCAGCACCUGUGCAGCGAGCAUUUCGCGGCGUCCUGUUUUGAGCACCGGUGGGGGGUGCGCUACUUGAAGCCCGACGCUGUUCCCACCAUCUUCCAGACCUCAGAUACGCCACCAAAGAGGGAGAACACAGCCAGGCCUCCCUCGGAAGUGCCGGCUAAGAAGCUGAUCCUCGAGCGCCACGGCGAGGAGAGCUCACCGGGGACGCAGGCCGCGAGCCUCCAAGAGCCGGAAGGCCUGGAAACCCUGGCCAUCGCCCUCGACCCCGGGGUGGCCGCGGCCCCCAUCUACGUGGAAGCCCCGCCCUCGGACCUCGACCUCCGUGCCCUCUCGGCCCCCCUCGUCGGGGCCGUCAACCUGGUGCCCCUGGUCCAGAUCGUGGAGCCCCUGAAGGCCGUGACCCUGACCGUGGCGUCCCCAGUGGAGGCCGUCCCCGGCCAGUCGUUGCCGGACCCGGGCGAGCAGCAGCUGGUGGACUUUGUGGCCUCGCUCCCCCCACCGGCCUUGGAAGCCACGCCGGGCUCUUCCCUGGGGGUCUCGGGGCCGCUCUGCGCGGAAGUGGCAGCGCCCUGUGAGGUGGCGGUGGCGGAAGAGCCCUCGCUGCAGGGCGUGGAGACCGAGCAGGGCGCCCUGGUCAUCGAGAACGUCUCCAUCGAGCCCUUCCUGGAGGCCGACGCCUCCGCCCUCCUGGGCUCCCUGCAGGUGUCGUCGUCGGAGAUGGUGGCGUACUUCGAGACCAUCCCCACCGCCGCCGCCGCCGCGGCCUCCUCCGGCGUGGCCGCCCCCGAGACGGUGCUCUCCUCUGCCCUGAGCCUCCCCAUCGUCUCCACGCUCCCCAUCGUCUCCAACCAAGCCCCCCCGGGGGCCGAAGAGCUGGAGCCCGCCGAGCCCCUGGAAGAGCCACUGGAGGAGCACACCUACCACAGGGACGAGGUGACGACGGCGGAGCUGGUGGAGGUGGUGAUGGGCCUCCAGAAGAAGGUGAAGGUGCUGCAGCAGCGCCACCGCCGGCACUGCGCCAAACUGGAGGCCAUGGAGGGGGUGGUGGAGCAGCUGAGGAAGGAGAACCUGGUGUCCGAGGAGAAGCUGAAGCUCCUGGAGAUGGCCUGCCUGCAGACCAGCGCCAUCGUGCCCGAGAACGGCGGCACGGUGGCCAUUAUCUGCCAGGAGAGCGACCAAGCCCUGGUCUACGCUGUGCCCCAGCUGUCGGAAGAAGGCAACGAGACGGUCAUCCAGUUGGCCCAGCAGUAACGUGGAAAGGGGGGCGGAGGCGGUGGGGAGCCGCCUGUUUGCCACUUGCUUGGCCAAAGGCUGCCCCUUCCAGCCACAAGGACCGCUACCGCCUUCGGCCGAACGCUCAGCGGCCUUCGUGCUCCGGCACCUUAUUUUUCGCAGGGAAGGGAGAAAGGUCCUUCCUGGAUCGCUUGGGUUUUUAUUCUGUCCGAAAAUGAUUGUCUAUAAAAUUGUCUCGGUGGGAGAGCAAAUGGUCAACCCGUCCCCCUUUGCCGUGGCCGAGCUCGGGGGGUAAUGUGGCCAGCGGGGCGAGCGGUUCUUAAUUCCCGUACGGUCAUGAGCCAGUCGUACAGGAUCCCCCGCUCUCGUGAGCCAUAGCCGGGGGGAAAGCCAGAGGCACCUGUCUCAGGAUGGCCUUGAUUUUUGCACUACGCCGCCUUGGCUUCCUCAGUGUCAUUCCUAGGAGACUGGACUCCAGUCCUGGGAGCACGCGUGCGCAUGUGUGUGUGUGUCUUUGCGUAGUGCAGUCUUUUUCUACUCAUCUCCGUCAUCAUCUCUGGCAGGGAUUGGCAGCGCCUCAGCGUCAAAGUUGGGGAUGGGGGGAGAGGUCGGUAUCUCUGCCACAGAUCACAUGCCCAAGCAAGCAUGCCGGGGGGGGGGGUGUUGUAAGGAACUGCCCUGGCUGCGGCGGAGGUUCUGGCACCUGGCGCAGGUGAACGAUGAGCCGGGGAGGUGCGGGACUCCACGCAUCGGCAAAAUUACGGUUGCCCGUGGCCCCCUUUCUCUCCGAAACGUAUCAUGUGAAUAUCGUGGGGCUGCCGUUGCGGAACACCUUUUCUUAGGACAGCGUCUGCAGAAUCUCGUACAACAACUCACUGUCAGCGGCCGAGAGUCGAGAGGGUAUCCCAGUAGAUCACGCCAGAGACCUGACUGUCCAGUUCGGUUUCUUGUGUGCAGCCUCUGUUAGGUGGUCCUCGUGUAGGCGGUAGGAACGGCAGGCCCGUGGGUGUGGGAAGGGUUGACGUUUCCUCCUUUUGCGGAAAACAAGCCCGCUUCUUCAGCGUCUGCUCCGCGGUGACCGCGAGGCCUCUGUGACGUCACCAGAGAUACGUUUCUGUGGGGGGUGGAUGGCAACCCUCUUUCCCCCCCCCCUGGGGUAGGUUUUUCCCAUUUUGCACCCCUUGAAACACCUGCCCCUUUUCCCUCCUAGCAUCGGAAGAACCCUGCCGACUCCAUUCGGUCCAUCUCAUCCAACACUCCGCUGCCGCUAAGAGAAUCAGAGCUGGAAGGGACCUGAAAGGUCAUCCAGUCCAGCCCCCUGCACAGUGCGGGAAAUUCACAGCUGCCUUCCUCCCCCCGUGACCCCCCCUGCUCUACGUCCACUAGUAGCCAAAAAGCAGGGCUCUUUUUUGUAUCAGGAACUCCUUUGCAUAUUAGGCGACG